AUGGAGCCCGAUAGAAUUGGACCAGAUACAACACCUAGACGACCGUUGAAAGACAGGAUCGCUGGUGUACCACGCAAUAUCAUUCGUAGCUUGACAACCAAGGAAGGCCUCAUAGGAGACUACGACUAUGCCUUCCUGUUCACGCCAAAAUUGCCCUUCAUGAAGAAGUCGCGGCAAACAGCACCAUUCUUCGGCCUCAAUGACAAGAUGCCAAUUUUCCUUGCAUUGAUAUUGGGCUUCCAGCAUGCUUUGGCGAUGUUGGCUGGUCUGAUCACUCCGCCCAUUAUCCUCUCAGGAAGUGGCGGUGCUGCCUUGGACACCGACACUGCCCAGUAUCUCGUGUCAACAUCGUUGAUCGUCUGUGGGCUUUUAUCGGCAGUGCAAAUCACCAGAUUCCACAUCUACAAGACUUCAUAUUUCAUCGGCACAGGCCUGAUCUCCGUUGUUGGCACGUCAUUUGCGACCAUUCCUGUUGCUCUUGGAGGGCUGUCGCAGAUGUAUGAAAGCGGCUUCUGUCCAAGCCGGGAGGUCGACGGCGUACUGACCCGGUUACCAUGCCCUCAAGGCUACGGUGCCAUCAUCGGGACUGCUUGCAUAUGCGCUCUCUUGGAAAUAGGGCUUUCAUUCGCACCAGCUAAAGUUCUUAAACGCGUGUUCCCACCCUUGGUCACUGGACCGACAGUUGUACUGAUAGGUGUCAAUCUCAUUGGUACAGGCUUUGAGAACUGGGCUGGUGGCUCUGGUACAUGUAGAUCCCGACCCGAAGAAGGUCUUUUCAGACUAUGCCCUACCAUUAACGCUCCUCAUCCUCUUCCAUGGGGCUCGGCUCAAUUCAUUGGUCUAGGCUUCAGUGUAUUUGCCACCAUUAUCCUGUGCGAGAGAUUCGGAAGUCCCAUAAUGAAAUCUUGUGCCGUCGUGGUCGGGCUACUUGUUGGCUGUAUCAUCGCGGCUGCUACUGGUUACUUCGACGAUGCUGGCAUCACCAGAGCACCUGCUGCCUCUUUCAUUUGGGUUAAGACUUUUCCCUUGUCACUCUAUGGGCCCAUGGUAUUACCGUUCCUGGCGGUAUUCCUUGUCCUCAUGAUGGAAGCCAUUGGCGACAUAACAGCUAGCUGCGACGUUUCGCGCCUAGAAGUUGAAGGCCGCACAUUCGAAUCACGCAUCCAGGGCGGUGUCUUAGCCGACGGCCUCAAUGGCAUGCUCGCCUGUCUGUGCACAAUCACUCCCGUCUCGACAUUCGCCCAGAAUAACGGCGUCAUUGCCCUUACUCGAUGUGCGAAUAGAAAAGCUGGAUAUUGCUGCUGCUUUUUUCUUGUGGUAAUGGGUGUUUUCUCGAAAUUCGCAGCCGCGCUGGUCGCAAUCCCUUCCGCUGUUCUCGGUGGUAUGACGACAUUCCUCUUCUCGGCUGUCGCCAUCUCAGGUAUUCGCAUUAUCUCGACCGUACCAUUCACGCGACGCAACAGAUUCAUUCUGACUGCGGCCAUGAGCGUCGGCUUCGGUGCGACAUUGGUACCCGAUUGGUUUGCAUAUGUGUUCACCUACGAGGGCGACAAUGGCGCAUUGCGAGGGCUCAUGAACGCCGUGGAGCUGGUGAUGGAGACAGGUUUCGCAGUGACGGCGUUCCUCUCACUUUUUUUCAAUCUGAUUCUUCCAGAAGAGUUGGAGGACGAAGCCAUGGAGAUGACGGCGAAUACUGUCGAUGAGAGGGAUGACGAGAAGGAAUGGGAGCGCAUUCGUCGGCCAAGUCAGAUUAAAGCUAUGCGGAAGAGCGAGGACAUUAGGCAGAGCACAGAUGUGGAAGCCUCGUCUAUUGGGGGAAACAAGACGACGACUAUCAGGGACGACUAG